AUGAAGCUUCUUUCCACUAGUCUCGCCGCUAUUCUGGGACUUGCGCACCUCGGUGCCGCGCAGACAGUCUCUGGCGCCGCUCAGGGUUUCGCCUCUGGUGUUACUGGUGGUGGUGAUGCCGAAGGACAGGAGCCCAGCGACAUUGAUCAGCUGAAGGAGUGGCUUACCGACGACACCCCUCGUGUUAUCCUCCUCUCUAAGGAAUACGACUUCACCGAAUCCGAGGGUACCGAGAGCGGCAACGUUUGCGCCUCCUGGGGUGAGGGUGAGGGAUGCCAGAAGAUCAUUCAGGAUGACUGCGGCAGCGACCCUGCCUCUACUGCAACCUGGUACAAGGCCCCGAAGAACCCGAUCGAUGUCGGCUCCGACAAGACUCUCCUGGGUGUCGGCGACAGCGGUGCUAUUAAGGGUAAGGGUCUGCGUUUCCGUGGUGGUGCGUCCAACAUCAUCGUGCAGAACAUCCACGUGACCGACCUGAACCCUGAAUACGUCUGGGGAGGUGAUGCUAUCUCCUUUGACGGAGCUGAUCUGGUCUGGAUUGAUCACGUUACGACUGCUCGCCCUGGUCGCCAGCACUACGUCUUCGGCUUCGAUACCAGCACCCGUGUGACUCUGUCCAACAACUUCAUCGACGGCGAAAGUCCCUACUCCACCGGUUGCGGCGACAAGCACCACUACUGGACCUUCGAGAUGGUCGGCGAGGACGACCAGAUUACUCUGCAGAAUAACUACAUCUUCAGCACUGCCGGACGCAGCCCCGCCCUCAGCGGCGGCACCCUUCUGCACGCCGUCAACAACGUCUGGGAAGACAACAACGGCCAUGCCCUUGAGGGCGGAGACGAUACUGCUCGCGGUAUCUUCGAGGGUAACGUCUUCCUUAGCGUCAACCAAGUGAUCGGCGACUACGCCGGCCGCAUCUUCACCUCUCCUGAGUCUGCCCUCGACCAGUGCACCUCGGCUCUUGGUCGCGCCUGCGAGGUUAACAUUGUCUCCGACUCGAACGAUUUCACUGAGUCCACUGAUACCUCUUUCUUUUCCGACUUCAAAGAUCUUAAGAUUGCCCCUGCCACCUCCGCCAGCGAGGCCCAGUCCAGUGUCCCCAACAACGCGGGCGCUGGCAAGCUCUAA